CAAAAUUAUCCGUCUUUGAGCUGACAUUGCGGUGGUACGGUGAGUCAUGGAUUUAUUUUGAUAGCGGGUGUUUUUCUGAUGUUUCUGAUGUUUCUCAAUUGUGGUAUCUAGUAUUAGCGAGUGGCAUGUAAGUCAGUAGGAGUUUUCCCAUUGAAUGAAAGAACCACGGAGAUCAAAGACUGUAGAGACUUCUUGCUAAACUGUGGACCCUUAGUCAAGAAAGCAUGGACCGUAAUUGGCUUAUUCGUCAUUAAUGGUGACCGCAUCAUGAUGGCAACAGGCACUGGACAGACGGCAGGACUUUGGGAGCUGGCCGGUGAGCUCGGGUCAAGUUGGAAAGCAAUCGCAAGGAGUCUGGAUUUCACUGAGCCGCAAAUUGAGAACCUACUCGAGGAUGUACCCCGUGAUUCCCAUGAGAGGUGUUACAAGAUGCUCCUGAAAUGGCAGAAGAAAACACACCAAUACGAAAGGAAGGAACAGCUACGGCAGGCAUUCGAGACGGCAGACCGUCUGGAUUUGAUUCAAUUGGAACGUCAAUCCAACUGUUUGGAAGGCUUGAGUGAGCAACUAAACAGAGAUCAGUUCAUCAAGAAGAUGAAGAUAUUUGUAAAGAACAAGAUGAGCAAGCUCCCUUUGAUUCCAUGGGUUUCAACAGGCUGUGUCAACGUAGAUCAAGUCUUCACCAACGUUGUGCUCCUCAUUGAGUUUGCCACCGCAUUUCUCCCGCUCAAAAUUCCCUUGGAGUCAUACAAUUCCAUCUUUGACACAUUGCGUGACAAAAAACUGGGUCUUAUCAACGUGUCACCUAAUCGAAUUCUUCUCCUUGGCCGUACGGGCAGCGGGAAAACAACCCUAUUGACCAAGUAUGCUUUUGAUUGGUGCAUGGGGAAGCAAGGCUCACUUCUAGCCGAUACGCCACUCGUCAUUGUGCUUCCAAUGCGGAAACUUGAUCAGCACAGUAACCUAGGACAAGCUGUCUUAGACCACGUACUACCGUCUGAAACCCGAUUCAAUGCUAGUGCCAUUGAGAGAUUCUGCGUAGACAACCCCGAUGAUGUGGUGAUCCUCCUGGAUGGCUACGAUGAAUUCAGAGGGAAGGGACUCAAGCAUGAGAAUUGUGGCAAUAUUGUGAAAAUGCUGAGGAAUGAAUGUUUCACUUCUUGCCGUGUGGUGGUAACCAGCCGGCCCGGACGAGCUGGGGAUUUCCAGAAUGAGUACGAAAACUAUCGCCACAUAGAGAUCACAGGUUUCUCACCCAAGGACAUUGACGAAUACGUUUAUAAGACAUUCCGAGGACCACAAAAGCCUCUUGGAGAUAAGCUCUUGAUGUACCUUGAAGAAAAUCAUCUGAAGACUGAGCUGGCCUCCCUACCACUUAUGCUCACUGCAUUCUGUCAACUGACAAAAUGGACUGAUGGAAAGGAUUUUGGAGAAUUGAACACCAUCAGUAAGUUAUACGACCGAUUGGUAGAAAGUGUGUUCGCGCAUUAUAAGAGCAAACCAGGUCAACAGAUGAACAUCACAAUACAAGAACUGUUCCUUGAGCUCGGGAAGGUUGCCCUUGAGGGCUUUCUCGGCGGUCCCGAAGAAGAGAUAAUCUUCUCAGAAAGUGACUUCUCAAAAUCCAACGGUACACAGAUCAUCGAGCAAGGACUUCGUGUAGGUUUCCUCUACAGAGAUGAGGUUUCAAGCUUUCGCCCACAGAGCUACAAGGAACUUACGGAGUCGCUCUCAGCCAAACUUACGGAAUCGCGCAAGCUUUCGCCAGACAAAAAUAUUUCAUUCGUCCUGAAAAGUUUUCAAGAAAAAUUUGCAGGAAAGCAUCUGGCGUAUCUGUGUGAUGGUGAUGAGAGCAGUUGCCAAUUGUUUGCUGACUACUUACAGAAAGUUGACAACCAUCAGCGAGUUCUGGACUUGGCCAACAUUUUGGUUUUCGCGAGUGCAGCUAGCAAGAACGCUGCACACUCCAUCAUGUCUCAUGUCACGGAUAUAUUCCAGUUCGAGCAAGGUAAAAACAUCAAGCAAUAUCUGAAAGGGAAACUCCACUUCAAAGAAUGCCAGAAGACACAGCGUUUGAUUGAAUUCUGUCUUCAACUUAACUUUGAAGCUGGUUGUAACGGUGCGUUUAACCACCUGUUCAACUCUCUCUUUGGUGACAAGUGCCAUAUACGUAUGGUGGAAAUAUCGAGUUACGUAGCUAAGGCUCUUGGUUAUCUGUUUUGCCAUAGUUUCCAGAAGUCAUCCAAUGAAACAAGAAGCGAUGCCAGCUGUUCAAGUGAAGUGGAGAAUGUCUUAUCGGUCAGAAGUGUCGAGUUGAUUUGUGUAAGGUUAGAGUCGAGCACAGAAUUCCGGGAGUUCCUGAACUGUUAUCAUGGAUCUGAGGAACUCAUACAGAGGUACAUGUCUGAAAACAUCGACUCUCAGAGAGAAAACGUUACGAAGGCCCAAAACAUCCGUGAGGUGCUCCAAUCAAGUGGAGAACAGAUGCCAAGUUAUCUGCUAGAUCGACCAGACUUGACAUUUUUCUCGGUGCUUCCUAUCUGGCAGGAUGUAAGACGACGUCAGGUUGAUGACUUCAACUUGGGCUUCCUUCUGCCUGCCUUCAAUAAGUGUUUCCUGCAGGAGUUGGUGCUGAACGGAAUGCGCUCAGAAGAUUGCUAUUGGUCUGAAAUGUUUAACAUGAUGAGUGAAGGCUCUUUUAGUGAAAUAAUAAAGCUGACACUUAGCUUGAAUGGCCUGAAAUUCUGCCAAACCGCUAGCUUUGCAUCUUCGCUGAAGUCAACACCAAAGCUGAAGUAUUUGAAAGUGUCCGGAAACCAAGUUGGAGAAGACUUUGUUGAAAUGCUUCCACCAUUAGCUGAUGUUGAAAACAUCAUCUUAGACAAGGCAGAGAUGUCAUCUGAUGCGAUUGUGAAGCUCUUCGAAAAAGUAAAGACGUACCCCUGCCUCACCAAAUUGGAUCUGCGUAGAAGCAAACAGAUGAAUGAUGCAGCCACGCACUCUCUGUGUAAACUCCUCGACGAGAAACGCAAUUGGAAAGAGCUUAGGGUUUCCCUGUAUGAUGUCAACGCAUCAAGCCUGGUUCUCCUUAAGGACAAGCUAGCUCUUGCUCAUGGACUUACUCACGUGAACCUCGUACAUUCUCCAGUACCAGACACCGUGAUAAGCUGCACAGCCUCCAUACUUUCUGACUUACCUAAUCUUGUAGACCUAAGGAUAUCAGGGAUACCCCCAUCUACAUCGAUGUGCUCUUCAGAGACGGUCAAGCUUCUCACGCAAAAACUGCGUAAGACACAGCGACUUCGAUUCUUGAGCAUUCUCUACGUGAAGAUGACUUCGCUGGACUUCCUCAGCAUGCUCAACGCCUGUAGAUGUGUCGACUCGUUGAAAGUUUUCAGGUAUUCUAGUCCCUGUUUGCCCGAAGGCGAAGACGUUGAGCGAGAAUGUAAGAAUGCGAAGGAGACGUUUCUUCAACUCUGGGUGUAGACUCCAUCUUGCUAUUCCGAGUGAUGAUUAGUCUACCCGCAGAACAAACUUUAAAGGCUUUCAGAAGAAAAACUCUUCGAUGAUAUCAGUCAACAUUUAUUUGAGAAGUCCUAUAAAUCUUAACUUCAAGGGACUGUUGCCUUCAAUUAUAAGGCAGCCAUUCGUUUGAUUUAUAAAUAUUCGAUCCGUUUUUCUUUUGGAGUUUGGGGUGUGUCGAUGUGUUUGUUUGCUCUUUGUACCCACCGAUUUCCUGGAUGCUAAAAACUAUAAAUAAAAAAAACCCAUUGGUAUCUCAAUAGACUGUGCAAUUCUCGCGCUCACCGGAGCGAGAAAACACCACAAACGAAAAACAUAGUUUUUAUGAAAUCAAAUCUAUGCUUUAAAUUAUUAUUUAUGCCAAAUCUGAACAACAUCAAAAAUUAUUACAGCUUCAAGUUAUUGUUUCGAUUCUAAAACAAAAUAAUACUAUUAAUGGACACAGGUAAAACUCUGGGACUAGGAUGUUAAGUUGAUCUAAAACAAAUUGAAACCCCCAUUGUAAAUCUUCGCCCGAAUGUGAAACUACUAUAAGUGGAAAAGACCGAGGAAUUCAUGGUACCGCAUUUUAGUUUUUUGUUUACUCAAAAUAAUUAUUAUACCGCAACACACACAGAUAAUUGUUUUUCGAUUGGUGGAACACGCGUCACUUGCCGCUCAACUGCCGCGACGCUCCACAAAUUUAAUAUUAGAGUCCAAUAUCGAAACUUAAUGGACGCUUCGCAGCGUCGUUUCUAAAAUAAUCGUUCACUGCCCGUUUGUCCAAACGAGGCAAAGUCGUGUCGGGGUGAACAAGGUUACGUAUCUACAUGCUAUAGUCAUCCACGUUGUCUAUGAUUGAUUAAAGGCACUGGACACGUUUGGUAAUCAUAUAAUUAACAUUUAGCAUAAAAAUCUUACUUGGUAACGAGCAACGGAGAGUUUUUGAUAAUAUAAAUCAUUGUGAGCAACGACUCCCUGUGAAGUGACGUAGUUUUUGAGAAUGGAGUAGUUCCUGAUUAAAUUAUUUGAAUCUGAGAAUCAGGCAUCUGUAUACUCACAAACAUUUGUGUGACAAGGGUAUUUUUCUUUCAUUAUUCUCUUGCAACCUUGAUGACCAACUGAGCCCAAAUUUUCACAGG